GACGUAACACGGAACGCCAAGGAGGAAAAGUGAAGCAGCUAGCGCCAGCCAGCGAAUGGCAGUUAAUCACGAAAGUGGUGAACUGGCCAGAAACUGGCCGCAUCGUGUUCUAGGUGAAGGGUAGUACGUCAUGUCAGAUGUAGUACUAGUAAACCACACUAAAAGAGAAAAAACAAUCGCACCCGCACAGAUCAUGAACGAGACAGGCAGGGCGUUCACGAAGGCUAUUCAACCCAAUCCAAAAUUAGAAGUUUUGAGAGAGGAGGGACUGAAAGAUCCGCGCAAUGACUGCGACAUUAAUCAGUUGUUGUGGAAAACUAAAAGAAUUCACGCAGGAUGGCUGUUCGAUGGCAAGUUCCUGCCUUUACUACAGAAGUUACUGCGCCUUUUGGAUGGAAAUUUUGACACCUUACUUACACCUGGGUGGGGCACGUUUGGACAUCAUCUCGGACUUGGCAGUGAAAUACUGAGAGUAAUAGAGUGCAGUAAACUGGGAAAUGAAGGAUACACAUAUUAUGUACUUCAACAUUACAUACAGAAGGAUGAUUCUACAAUUGAAAAAGUUGUUCAAGCUUUGGUUGAUAUGAAACGUAAAGAUGCCAUUCAUCAAACAUUUCAUCUUUUCAACAGUCUUGCCGAUGACAUCUUGAGAGAUCAUCAAGGGAACAGACAAGAACAUACCUCUAAUAAUGAACGGAGUGAUGAAGAAAACCGUAUUGAUUCAGGAUUUUCAAAUGGUGAAGAGGCUGAUGAGCAAAUUUUUAAUCAAAGAGAGCAGACUGUGGAAAGUGUCAUCAGACCAAAUUUUAUACCAACACCACCUCUAAUUUUGCAAGAACUCAAAGAGCAUGUUCAUCGUGCAAGUAGAGUUUCAGUAUCUCCCAGAUCACCUAAAGUUGAGCAUCAAUGUAUUCAGAAUUCAGCUCCUACAAACGUGCCAAGGAAUGUGCAAGUGGUGCAAAUUAAUAAUACAGAGAGAACACAGCAACAGAAGAAAGUCAAGCCAAAAUAUGACUGUAUCGUGAUGUUGACUUUUGCUGAUGAUGGAAUAAACCAUGCUACUCAAAUAGCACAAUCAUUACGUGCAAAAAGAGAAGAUGGACAAAUUAUCGGUGUGUUGAUUUUAAAUGAACAUGAAAAUGAUGUUUCAUUUGAUCCCGAAUUAUUCAUUAGUGGAACGUUUCCACAGGUGAACUAUGUUAUUCCAAUUAUUACAGAGGGUUAUUUGAAAGCUAUAGUGGACUUAAGACCACCACUUCAAUUUGAAUCUACCUACAUUGACUGCAAAUACACGAGGUUUAUAUACACAUUGAUGAAGAAGUACUAUGUGAACAAUGGAUGUUUAAAUAAGAAAAUUCGUUGUGUCAUACCUGAUGAUUUAACUCACUUAACUAAGAAAACACUUAUGAGGGAUCCCGUUUUUGAAACAUGGGUUAAAUCUAGCAGUAUCGGCAAUCUUGCAGAUAGAAUGUUGUGGAGAUGUAAAAGGAAAAGAAACAAUCGCCAACAAAUAAUCGAAUCAUGACGAGGCAUGUAAUGUUUUAUUGCUUGUUUACUGUGAUUAUAUUUUUAUAAGUAAAUAAAAUUAAAGCAUAUGUGAGAAAAUUUUUUGCAUUUGUUAUAUUUUCUAUGUGAAAUGUGUAAUUUUAUGUUUUUAAGGCAAAUAUUUUCCUUAUUUGUGUUGACGUGUAAAAAGUGAAUGAUCAAUAAAAUUUUAUUAACAAAA